CGCCCGACUUCCUUCCUCCCAAAUACAAGACCAUUGAGCAUUACCCUGGCACUUCCAAGACAUAGCCUCUCCGUGACAGCUCACUACUGUCCUCGCAUCUUCACCAGUCUCCCACGUUCCCGCCGCCCUCAUCCGACAGGGCCGCUAAAGGUACAGGGUCCCUAAACUUGUUGUGAGACAGUGAAGGCCUGACCACACCUUGUCCUGUAGACACCUCGGCCAGACCGCCUCAGACUCCAAUCCAGAGCGGCUCUCACACACCCUCCAGCCAUGUCAGACGGGCCAGACGUUAAGCGUCAGAAGACAUCAGACGGCUCAGGCUCAUCGAGUGGCACGGAGUACGAGCUCAUCUACUGGCCUGGGAUUCCGGGUCGCGGUGAGCACGUCCGGCUGUGUUUCGAGGAAGCUGGCGCCUCGUACACCGAUUCUGCGCUUCUCGAUGGAGACGCCGGUGGCGUGAAGGCUGUCAUGGUCCAGAUCGAUGCCUCCAACAAGGGCAGCGCCUCCAGCCCCCCUCCCCUUGCUCCACCAGUCCUACGACACGGGGAUCUCACCAUUUCGCAAUUGCCAAACAUUCUCCUGUAUCUGGGCCCUCGUCUUGGCCUGGGCCCUGCGCUCACUGGUGGGGAUAUUCCCAAGGAGAUCUACAAUAUCAAUCAGCUAGCAUUGACAGCGCUUGACGGCCUCAGCAACGAGCCGCAUGAUUGCCAUCAUCCCGUUGCUGUCGGUGACUAUUAUGAGGACCAGAAGGACGAGGCGAAGCGGAAAUCCAAGGACUACGUCCGCAACCGCCUGCCAAAGUUUCUCGGCUACUUUCAACGGGUGCUCGAGGGCGAGGCGAGCGGCAAUGGGCCCUGGCUCCACGGCGGUGCUUUAAGCUGGGCAGACAUUGUCCUGUUCCAGGGCCUCGAUGGCGUCAAAUUCGCAUUUCCCAAGGCGACAGGCGCGGCUGAGAAGUCAGGCAAGUACGACAAGGUGUUUGCCUUGUAUGCCGCGGUCAAGGAGCGACCAAACAUCAAGAAGUACCUCGAAAGCUCAAGACGGCAGAAGUACUCGAUGGGCAUCUACCGAUAUUACGAGGAACUAGAUUUUGACCUCGAAGAAUAGGCACUUGUCUACCGGUCCACAUAUGUACCUACCUAAAGUAGAUAAGUGAACCAGAACCACCAGACAAAGCAGCACAAUAUUUUGGGCGCUUAACCAAACAAA